UAUAAGAGCAUUUUGCAUCGAUCGAGCAUCUCUCAACUAAACUGUCAAAUGCCUUGAAAUACAGAAGUCUGCACGCCACCAGAUGUCCUAAAACUGUCCGAAACGAGAGAGAGAGAGAUAACUUCAUGGCGGCGGCCACCGGAGCAGGACUUUUCUCAGCCGUUCUCUCGCCGGCCGCCGGGAGAUUCAAAUUCAAACGGAAAGUUCCGGUGUCGGCGACUGUUACGCCGACUCAGCCACCAGCUUUCACCGUCUCCGACAACGGAAGGUUGCAUGAGGCGGCCACCGUAUCCAAACGCAGCGAUAGCUCGGAGGCUAUGCCGGAAGAUCAACGGUUGAGCUUGAAGGAUUACUUUGAACUGUCCAAGGACAUGAUUAGAUCGGACGGUGGGCCGCCUCGCUGGUUCUCGCCAUUCGAGUGCGGAUCUCGAUUAAACGGCUCUCCUCUCUUGCUCUUUUUACCCGGGAUUGAUGGUGUUGGGCUUGGACUUAUUUUGCAGCAUCAAAGACUUGGAGAGAUCUUUGAUAUUUGGUGCUUGCACAUUCCAGUUAUGGAUCGAACACCAUUUGCAGACCUGGUGGAGCUGGUUGAAAGAACAGUAAGGUCAGAGAAUUGCAGUUCACCAAAAAGACCCAUAUAUCUUGUUGGAGAAUCCGUUGGAGCAUGCCUUGCACUAAGUGUUGCUGCCCGUAAUCCCGACAUCGAUCUUAUACUUAUCUUGGCAAACCCAGCUACAAGUUUCAGCAAAUCGCAGCUGCAACCUCUAAUACCUUUAUUACAAAUCAUACCUGAACAGAUGAUGCAACCUCUAAAACCUUUAUUACAAAUAAUGCCUGAACAGCUCCAUCUUACUCUGCCCUAUAUACUGAGUUUAAUGACAGGUAUUCCUUUCAAGAUGGUGAUGGCUACUGUGGAGAAAAGACUUCCUCUGCAAGAAACAGUUGGAGAACUAUCAGAGAGUGUUGGAGCAUUGUCGUCAUACUUUUCUGUCCUGGCUGAUGUUCUACCCAGAGAAACGAUUCUUUGGAAACUGCAGAUGCUCAGUUCAGCUUCUGCAGAUUCCAAUUCACGUCUCCAUGCUGUCAAAGCACAGACACUGAUACUUUCCAGCGGGAGGGAUUUGUUUCUACCAAGUCAAGAGGAAGGUGAAAGACUUCGUCGUACACUUCCACAAUGUGAGAUUCGCAGGUUUAAUGACAGCGGACAUGCCCUCUUCUUGGAAGAAGAUGUUGAUUUAGUAACCAUCAUAAAGGGUGCGAGUUUCUAUCGCCGUGCAAGAUACCUCGACUAUGCCUCAGAUUACAUGCUGCCAACCCCUUCUGAAUUCAAAAAAAUAUAUGAGUCAAACAGAUGGAUUGAGUUGGCUACUAGUCCUGUGAUGUUCUCAACUUUAGAGGAUGGGAAGAUUGUGAAAGGCCUUGCAGGGAUUCCUUCUGAGGGGCCGGUCUUAUUUGUCGGCUAUCACAUGUUGCUUGGGUUGGAAUUGGUUCCUUUGGUAUCCCGUAUUUGGAAAGAAAGAAAUAUUCUUCUGCGAGGGAUAGCACAUCCCAUGAUGUUCACAAAGUUGAGAGAUGGAUUGUUACCUGAGUUAUCAUCAUUUGACACAUUCAGAAUGAUGGGUGCAGUUCCUGUAUCAGCAACUAACUUCUAUAAACUUUUUGCUUCAAAGUCCCAUGUCCUAUUGUAUCCAGGAGGAAUGCGUGAGGCUCUUCACCGAAAGGGUGAGGAGUACAAGUUAUUCUGGCCACAACAAUCUGAGUUCAUUAGGAUGGCAGCAAGAUUUGGAGCAAAAAUUGUACCUUUUGGUGCUGUUGGAGAAGAUGAUGUUGGUCAAGUAGUCCUUGAUUAUCAUGAUCUCAUGAAGAUUCCUUAUUUUAGGGCUGGAAUAGCAGAACUUACUGAUGAGGCUGUGCAGUUGAGAACUGACACCGAAGGAGAAGUUGCAAACCAAGCUGUGCACCUUCCAAUUAUCUUACCUAAACUUCCAGGCCGCUUCUAUUACUUUUUUGGGAAACCAAUUGAAACAGAAGGGAGGAAGCAAGAAUUAAAGAGUAGGGAGAAAGCACACGAAUUGUAUGUAGAAGUCAAGUCCGAGGUUGAGAAAUGCAUUGCUUUCUUGAAGGAGAAAAGAGAACAUGAUCCUAAUAGAAGUAUACUGCCUCGAUUAAUUUUCCAGGCAACACAUGGUUUUGAUUCUGAAGUUCCAACAUUUGAACUUUGAUCUUUGUUCCCAUCAAAGGUGGGUUCCAUUCUUAGCUAGCACAUCAACCCACCCCAUGCAUGAUUCAUUUUCCCCUCAAAAAAGGAAAGAAAAUAAGUUAAUAAAUAGAUUCAAGGGUGGGGCUGGAUUUUAGGCAUUCAGAUUCUUGCUCGUAUAGGAUGUUGUUGUUGAUUUAGUUAGUGAUUGUCAAGUAAAGAUUUAUUUAACAAAUUUGUAAUACAUGAUGCAUGUACUGAAAUGGUUCUUGUAGCUCUUGCUUCGGCUAUUGAUAUCCUGGUUUAGAAAUUGUAAAACCUGUUGUUUGCUUC